UCCGUAGCGUACACACGGCGGCGACAGGCGCUCCGGUUUCGGCAGGGACGAGUCUCCCUCCGCCUUUUCUGCCUCUGUGUGAAGAAAAGAAAACACACAGAGAGGAGAGGGGAGGAAAACAAAAGACCACCGACAAAAUACUUAAAAGUUCCGCUUGAAAACUCCGAUGGAUUAAUCUGAUUUUCUGCGACAAUAGAGGAUGGGCUGUGUCCAAUGUAAGGAUAAAGAAGCAGCAAAACUCACUGAUGACCGGGAGACCAGCCUUUCGCACAACUCGGGCUACCGCUAUGGGUCGGACCCCACGCCGCAGCACUACCCCAGCUUCAGCGUCACCACCAUCCCCAACUACAACAACUUCCACGGAGCGGCCACGCAGGGAGUGACCGUGUUCGGAGGGGUCCACACGUCCUCGCAGUCCGGGACGCUUCGGUCUAGGGGAGGAACGGGGGUGACUCUGUUCGUGGCUCUGUACGACUAUGAGGCCAGGACGGAGGAUGACCUCAGUUUCAGGAAGGGGGAGCGGUUCCAGAUUCUCAACAGCACUGAGGGAGACUGGUGGGAGGCUCGGUCCCUUACUACAGGUGGAAAUGGAUACAUUCCCAGUAAUUACGUAGCUCCGGUGGACUCAAUCCAAGCCGAGGACUGGUAUUUUGGUAAAUUGGGUCGAAAGGACGCGGAGAGGCAGCUGCUUUCCGGUGGCAACGCCAGAGGCACUUUCCUCAUUCGAGAGAGCGAAACAACCAAAGGGGCCUACUCUCUUUCCAUCCAGGACUGGGAUGACAUCAAGGGAGACCACGUUAAACACUAUAAGAUACGCAAACUGGACAAUGGGGGCUACUAUAUCACCACCAGGGCCCAGUUUGAGACCCUCCAACAGCUGGUUCAGCACUACUCUGCCAGGGCUGCAGGGCUGUGCUGCCGACUGAUCGUGCCGUGCCACAAAGGCAUGCCUCGUCUCGCUGACCUGUCCGUCAAAACCAAAGACGUGUGGGAGAUCCCGAGGGARUCUCUGCAGCUCGUUAAACGCCUCGGCAACGGCCAGUUUGGAGAAGUCUGGAUGGGCACAUGGAACGGUACCACCAAGGUGGCUGUAAAGACUUUGAAACCAGGCACCAUGUCCCCUGAGUCGUUCCUGGAGGAAGCUCAGAUAAUGAAGAAGCUCCGACACGAUAAGCUGGUGCAGCUCUACGCCGUGGUAUCUGAAGAACCCAUUUACAUCGUCACUGAGUACAUGAGCAAAGGAAGUUUGCUUGAUUUCCUUAAAGACGGAGAGGGACGAGGCCUCAAACUGCCAAAUCUGGUGGACAUGGCAGCUCAGGUGGCAGCGGGAAUGGCGUACAUAGAGAGGAUGAACUAUAUCCACAGAGACCUGCGCUCCGCCAACAUCCUCGUCGGAGACGGCCUGGUGUGUAAGAUUGCUGAUUUUGGUUUGGCGAGACUCAUUGAAGACAACGAAUACACGGCGAGGCAAGGCGCCAAGUUUCCCAUAAAGUGGACCGCUCCCGAGGCUGCGCUCUACGGGAAGUUCACCAUCAAGUCAGACGUGUGGUCGUUCGGCAUCCUGCUGACAGAGCUGGUGACCAAAGGCAGAGUGCCGUAUCCAGGCAUGAACAACCGGGAGGUGCUGGAGCAGGUGGAGCGAGGCUACCGGAUGCCGUGCCCACAGGACUGCCCCACAUCCCUGCACGAGCUGAUGGUGCAGUGCUGGAAGAAAGACCCCGAGGAGAGGCCCACCUUUGAGUAUCUGCAAGCCUUUUUGGAGGACUACUUCACAGCCACUGAGCCUCAGUACCAGCCAGGAGAUAACCUCUGAGCAAGUCAUGUUAUUACACUGGCUSUCCACCAGAGGGCACCACAGUUCWAUUUUAUUUUAUUUUUUAUUUCUCAUCUUAGAAAAGCUUUUUGACUGACUUAUUGAAUUCCAACCAAGGAGGACGGAGGAGCAGCAAACCGACCAUCAAAUGAAAGGAUGUUUUGGGUUUGGGAUGGGGGGAGGGAAUGAAUUAAACCAACAUGAGUUCUGUUGUGUGAUUUGUAUGUAGUGUAAAUAUAAAUUGCUUGUUUACUUAACUUUUUGUUCGUUUAAUUUUAUAUUCCUUUUGAUAAUUUAAGAAUAUGUGGGAGUUUCUUCUUUUAUUUUAUUUCUCAAAUUUAUUGGUUCUGAUUUUCGCAGGAAAGAAGGAUAAAAGUCGUAACAGAUGUUAUGGACCGAAGCAUUUCUUUAAAAAAAAAAUCUUCCGGGAGUUCUCUUACCUUUUUUUUAAACAUUUUUUUUAUAUAAGGCUAAUAUAACAAAACUUCUCUUCUCUUCUCAAGGAACUUUAGAUGUACUUAUAAAACCYGUUUUUGCCUUUUCAUGUUUAGUAAUAUUCUUCUAAUGCAAAGGAAUGCCUUCAUGCUUUCUACUCACUAACUCGACUCAUCCACCCCAACUCAAACUGUACGACUUCAUCACGGAGAUUAAGUGGAUUCAUUGCAUUUCGGCUUCAGCCAAUUACUUUUUUAUUUUAGAGCGGCUUAACGUACCUUUUUAGUUUAGCUUUCUGUAGUUUAAAAAACGGGGCUGAUUUCCUCUCCUGCUGAAACCAUUGUUUAGCUGACUGCUUAGUGUCCUGAUGACAGUGUAUGUUGCAUUAAUGUUCGGCAGCAGGCUGUAUACAAACUCUGAUCCUUUCGCUUUCAGCAGCCAAACAAACUGCCACUGACACCAUGAGAAUGAAGGAUGUGUACUCGUAUUUGUCCCUCCAUUCUGUGUAUUUUGGAAUAACAUGUUUACAAGAGCAUUUUUUUAAAUAUUCUACCAGUGUUAUAUGUUGCAGGUUGUUGUUUUUUUACUUGGUAUUGAGCUCAUCUCUGGAUGAGAACGUACACUUCAGGAUCAAAGCGCCAUUUCUGUGUAUUUAUGUUGCUCUCCACGGGUGGUAAAGUGAAUGAUAACUUUUGUUUUUUAUCUCCUUUUUUCCUAAUUUAUUAGGCACACGGGAAGGUUUUUAUUUUUUCUUUUGUUUCUCAUUAUUUAUUGUCUGUCUGCUACUGUACACAGCUGGUUUUGAAAUAAACAAUCUUGCARUUAU